AUCGAGACUAGUGGUGACAACACAAGCAACAGAGAUGAAUAACCUCUCAAUAAUAUCAUUACCACCGAGAUUCGAUUGAUCGUAGCGAAUUGUAUUCUUCGAAUCAUUUCCUGAAUGAAGUUUUCCACGAGUUUUGCAUAAACUGACAUUGGGAAAUGGCAGGAGUUGUGCCAUUGUCGGGAAAAACAGUGAGGAAACAGUGGUUUUCCCAUGACGGACCUAGGGGAUCCCUCAGAGGUCUGAGAUCUCAACUCGCAGAAGCUGGAUGUGCAGAGUCCCAAGUAGUCCUUGGAAAAGAAUUACUGGAAGAUACAAAUGAACGCGAUGUGGACAAAGAAGAAAACGCCAAACUCGGUGUGUACUGGUUGACAAGGGCCUCGGAGCAAGGGAACAUGGAGGCCACUGAAAUCUUGAAAAAAUGCCUGGAAACAGGACAUGGUAUAACCGAGCACAACUAUUACGACGCUAAGAGUUGUCUGGAGAUGCCACAGGAUGAGAAAUCGGCGAGACGUGCGGCACGCGAAUUAUUCUCAAGUCUCUCCAACGGGGAAGACUUUGUGACAAUGGAUCAACUCCGUCGACAAUUAAGAACAAUUCGAGAUGGAUCACGCCGAGACUCAGACGAUGAUUCGCUGCACUCAUCCGAGGGUAAUUCCGAGUGCAGUGGAGCUGACAGGGGAAGCUACAGAUCCUUGGAGUAUCCCGAGAGCUUUGAUCAUCAGGGUGAAAAGAUCACUGAAGCAGCAUUAGUGUCCGCAGCGACAAGUUACGCUCGUGGGCUUCUGCCAACAGUAUCGAGAGCCCUCUGUAUGGUCAACCAAAGGCGUUUGGAGCUCGAGAAUUUCCCCCUGCUGCAAAGGCCCUUUGUCCAUCCCCUGGAAUCCCUCAAGUGGAUGUGGGAAUGGAUCGUCGAGAGAAUUGGAAGACGCGGUGGUACUUACACCAGAUCCUUCCUCACUUCCAAUAUCCAAACCCUAAUUCUCCUCAUCGUUUACUCCCUCUUUGGCACUGAGAGCCUAGUCCUCUUCGUGCCAAUGGUCAUCUACUACCUCUCCUUCAUCAUCAUGGUGGUGGCUACAUUUCAGAUGCUCCAGUGCAAACGAGAAUUUCAUGAUUUUCGAAAUUGGUCGGGCCUUUUUAUCAGCUACUCGGGGGGAAAUUUGAAUGCUGAUGAGGCCGAGUACCAGUUCUGCAGGAAUAAUCUCAAGCCAUACGGCCACUUUUUUCUCGCUCUUCUGGUGAAUCUCAUGAUCUACCCAGUGAUCGCACACCAGUGGACACCACAAUCCGAAUUCACUGUCAUAGCGGUUGUAUUUACUCUAGCUACAUUGUACAACUUCGGGUGGAAGGACUCGUCGAAGCUACCUGACUUUCUCGCCCUCAUCAGCUUCGCUGUUCAUGUUCUGGCGAAAUAUCCCUAUGAAACGGAUAUCGUUGUCGCGCAGACCUGGAGAUUCCUGGACAUCAGGGUUCCCACGUUUGCAUCGUACGUUGUUGGCAAUGGGAUUGAAUUCUGCUUGAACUUCAGGGCUGUAUUUUACCUUCUGAUUCCUGGGGUCUUCGCCAAAAUGGCAGGGAGGGACGGGUGGAAGGGCACUUACAAAACUCUCAUUCCUCAUUGCGUGACCCUCAGCUGGUGGCAGAUUGCCAUUUUGAGCUCCCAGGGGGCCACUUGGUAUGGAUUGAUCAGGGGGGCAUUGGCACUCGUUGGAAUGGUCCUGUUUUUGCCGAUAGCUGGACUUGCGUCUAUUCUCCUACCCAUCAUCGCUGCUGCCAGGUACCUGUCCGAUAGUGAUGUUGCCAUGAAGAUUGGUAUCACUGUGGUAAUGGGCGGACUGCCAUUCAUCGCCUCUUGGUACUUGAGGAGAGUCCGGGGAUCCAGGUUCAAUUGGAUUAUCACUUAUGUCCAGAUUUUGGUGGGGGCACUCGCUGGGAUUUUUCUCUGCUGGCCGGUUAUCCUGGAUUAUAAGAACGGUGAUGAUGGAAUUGUUAGAAUUCCUGGGGUUUCCUCGUUGACCUGGGAGCAGUUCCAGAAUCACUGCCACCAGCCUGCCUGGGAGGAGCUAUCCUCCAAGGCUCAGGUUCAGAUCCAGUGCGCACAUCUCGAGGGAAUUCCCGUGUUUUGGGAGGGAUAUGUUACUAAUGUCAGGGUUAAGAGAAUUGAUAACAGCAUCGCAGGAAUUCUGAAGAGACUGCCUGAAUCCAUUGAGAGUAGCCUUGGCUGUGUCUUUGGGGAACCUGUUGAUCAGACUGUUUGUCAGGCAUUGGAUUCUACUCGCAAAACUACCUGUGAGAUGAUCAUGAAGAUGCAGAGGGGAAAGUGUCAAGUGGUAAAUUGGAAUCGAUACGAGUUUGAGAUUUAUGUUAAUAUGAAGAAUGGACUCUGGGGGAGCAAUACAGAGAUCGUUCUGGUGGGGGAUCACUCGUUCAUGAACUUUAGUUUGAGUAUUUAUGCCGGGGAUAAGAUUCAAUUUUCUGGGGUGCUAUCGAAUGAGGGGGGCGAGGGGGAGUCCCUGCUGGGGGGCACCAGACCGAUGGUGCACCUCGAUGAGAUAUCGUGCAGUGUUUGUCAUAAUAUUCAUUUAAAACCCAGCAAAAGACAUAGAGAAUCUAUUAUUUCUGUUGCAGUUGUUACCAAGACACUUGUUCUGGGGGUGAAGACUGUCUUGAAUUUCUUAUUGAAUCCUUUAGUUGUGUUUAAGUGAAGAGAAAUAUUUGAGGGCUAUUGGGUGAGCUCUAAAAAUUACAUUUUUCGGGUAUUUUUGUAUUGUGGAAAUUCAAUGAACUCGACUUGAUUGGAAAACUGAAAGUAAAUUAACUGGUGUGAUGAAUAUUGACUGUCGUUAAUGGAAAUGGCGAAGUGCUAUUCAUUUAGGGCUCUUUUUAAUGGCUUUUUUUUUCAUGUUUUAGUAUUAUUUUUAUGGUGAUGUUAAUGCAUGAAAAAUCAAUGACGUUCUGAAUGAAUAUUCAUAACUAUUCAUUAGUGUAUUGUGUAGAGAUAGUAAAAAUUGACAGUCUGUGUUAAUUCAAUUAAUCAGUUCUUAUGGAAUGUUCUUGAUCGAUUCUAGUCAAGUGGAAUUCGCCAUUUUUACGUGUAAAAAAUCCUGAUUAAUCUUUUCAAUUUUUUAUUGUACCGAUCAGCCGUUUCACAUUCUAGAAAUGUGAAAAUUGCACCUUCACGCUUGUGUAAAAAUAGUGUUCUUCGAAAAGCAAUUUUCGUGCAGGAAUUGGCCCUUUCGAUGUGAAAUAUGUGUAAUCGUUUCGAGUUACCGCCCCUCUAAUCACAAUUAAUUAAUUAUCCAGUACCUCAUUACAUCUCAAUUCGAAAAAUAUUUUUCUUACUCGUGAUAGAAUUUUAAAGGGGACGGAAAAGCGAUUAGAGGUGCUAUCGAUGUUUAUGCAGCUGUCUGGAUUGAUAAAUUGACACGAGUCGAGUGAAAAAUUCAUUCCAGAGUUGAAUGUGCCUUGUAAGAAUGGGAGACUUCAGUGAAUAGAAAUAGUAUUAUUUUUCCGGCUAGCAAUCCCCAGUGAAUUCUCAAUCUUAUAAACCAUCUCGAUGUGCCAAUCUUAGAUCUCACGAUUGAGUCAGAGUCUAAGAAGUAGUCAUAUAUUUUUCUCUUAUUUUUAGGAAAAAAAUUCAAUGAAGAAUGAACUGCAACUGAUUGUAAUUGUUCAUUACAGCUUAUUUCAAAGUCACAUGACACUUGUAACCGGAGGAUUAUUUUUAUAUUUACGAAAUAUAUUUUCAUUUGGAGACACUGAGUUUUCCUUUAUUACUGAACAAUCAUUUAUUUGGCAUUUCCGUUGACAAGACAUCUGUACAGGUAUUACGCAUUAUUUAUAUUAUGUAUAAUAAUAAUAUACACCGGUUGCUUAAAUCGAUUUACAUAUCUCUGGCUGUUAUUAAAUGUUUAGAAAGUGUAUUGUUCCUGGGGUGGGCUUGGAGGAGAACUAAAAUCCUCAAAUCAGUCGGUGUCUCCUUUUUUUUAUUCGAUGGAGAAAAUUGAUUUUAAUUUAUUUACACUUUUACAAAUAUAAAAUCGGUGUUUCUGAUUCAUCGAUCUACAGUAGACUCCGUUAUAGCCGCGCGCAUGGGGCUGUAAAGGAAGGAAAUUUGAAUACGAGAGAAAUUUAAUUUUCAGCAUUAUUUUGCUCGGAAUUCAAUUUCACGCCGGACGAAGCAAUGGAUUGUUUACUUCUUGGAACCCGGAGGUAUUGGACUUGGGGAACCGAAAGAUACGCGAAAACAGAAAUUGAGAAGA